GGGGGCUCUCUCUCUCUCUCCCCCUAUUACUGACGGGAGGGGGCGGAGCCCGCGCGCCGUGACUGUAACGCGAUAGCAGCUCUGCUCAAAAGAGCGAUCCCUCUCACACACGCUUACGCACAGCUCGCAGAAGGACGCACGCCGGUGUCCGAGCCGCGCGGGUCUACAGCAGGGAGCGCGAGGCACGCCGGAGCUUUACGGACUUCCUUUAUUUUAUUUUAUUUUUUUAACAAACCCGGACUGAGCUUUUCCAGCUGCCGCCACGAAGCGGCAAAAAAAAGGCAAACCUCGUGUGCGCAAAAACAGGCGAGGACGCGGCGGUCAGGAGGAGACGCGGGAACUUGACGCGCCGUGGAGCCGCCGUCCAGACUCCCGAAGCCCCGGGGCUGAGGGGGGAGUUUAUCCCUCAACCACACUCUGGAUCAAAUCCUAAAUGGACAGACGAACUCUUCUCUGUGACGCGCGCUCACAGGUCCCCCUACACAUGGUUUAGAGAGCACUGAAGGAUAUUUUAUUUUUGUUUUUACUUCUUUUUGUUUUUCCUCCGCUGGAUAGUAUUUGGAUCGAAUUGGAGAAACAUCGGGACAUUUAGAGCAAGUUUUUUCCCCUCUUUUAAGAUGGAUUUUGUGGCGUCUGUGGUUGGAUUUUUAAUGGCACUGUGUCAUCUGACAUGGAGAGUCAAAGGAGAGUGUGGCAGCGCCUCACAUCCCAUCGUCUUAGAUGCCGGCAAGGCCGGCUACAUCACCUCACCUGGUUAUCCUCAGGAGUACCCGAGUCAUCAGGACUGCAACUGGAUCAUUAAGGCGCCGGAACCGUCGCAGCGCAUCAUCCUCAACUUCAACCCUCACUUCGAGAUCGAGAGGCUCGACUGCAAAUACGACUACAUCGAAAUCCGCGACGGGACUUCCGACACGGCGGAUGUUCUGGGUCGACACUGCAGCAACAUCGCCCCGGCGCCCAUCGUCUCGUCGGGUCCAUCGGUGAAAGUCCGCUUUGUCUCAGACUACGCCCAUCAGGGGGCGGGCUUUUCCCUGCGCUAUGAGAUCUUCAAAACAGGGUCCGAGUUUUGCUUCCGCAAUUUCACCAACCCAUCCGGCACAAUUGAGUCCCCGGGGUUUCCAGACAAAUACCCUCACAAUCUGGAGUGCUCUUACAUGGUCAUCGCCCCGCCCCACAUGGACAUCACCCUCACGUUCUUGACCUUUGAUUUGGAGAACGACCCCCUCCAGGUGGGCGAAGGCGAGUGCAAGUACGACUGGCUGGACGUGUGGGACGGACUUCCGCAAGCGUCUCCUCUGAUUGGACGGUACUGCGGAACCAAAAUCCCUCCGGAGAUCCAGUCGUCCUCGGGCCUACUGUCCCUCUCCUUCCAUACGGACAUGGCGGUGGCCAAAGACGGAUUCUCCGCUCGCUACAACAUGACGCACAAGGAAGUUUCCGACUCGUUCCACUGCAGCACGGCGCUUGGAAUGGAGUCGGGAAAGAUCAGUGACGAUCAAAUCAAGGCCUCGUCCAGCUUCUACGACAACCGUUGGCUACCUCGCCAGGCUCGCCUCAACAACUACGACAAUGCCUGGACGCCGUCGGAGGACAGCAACAAGGAGUUCAUCCAGGUUGACCUGCAAUUCCUCAAAGUUUUGACUGGAAUUUCCACCCAGGGGGCCAUCUCCAAGGAGACGUUGAAGUCUUACUACGUCACCACUUUCAAACUGGAAGUCAGCACCAACGGAGAGGACUGGAUGAUGUACCGGCACAGCAAAAACCACAAGAUUUUCCAUGGGAACACCGACCCGACCGAGGUGGUUCUGAACCGCGUCCCACAGCCCGUGUUGGCCCGAUACGUCCGGAUCCGACCGCAAACGUGGCAGAACGGGAUCGCCCUGCGCUUUGAGCUCUACGGAUGCCAGAUUACAGAUGCUCCGUGCGCCAACCUGCAGGGAAUGCUGUCCGGGCUCCUCCCAGAUUCCCAGAUUUCGGUGUCGUCCAGCCGGGACGUGGUGUGGAACCCAGGCGCCGCUCGGCUGGUGGCGAGCCGCUCCGGCUGGUUCCCGGCGCCAGCGCAGCCUCUGACCGGAGAAGAGUGGCUACAGGUGGAUCUGGGAGUACCGAAGACGGUCCGUGGAGUCAUUACCCAGGGGGCUCGGGGAGGAGACCCAGGAAGUGCGACGGAAAACCGGGCGUUUGUCAGGAAGUAUAAGGUGGCGCACAGCCUUGACGGAAAGGACUGGAACCUCAUCAUGGACUCCAAAACAAGCCUACCCAAGAUUUUUGAAGGGAACACACACUAUGACACCCCGGAGCUCCGACACUUCGAGGAGACGGUGGCUCAGUACAUCAGGCUCUACCCUGAGCGGUGGUCUCCAGGAGGGAUCGGGAUGCGUGUGGAGAUCCUGGGAUGUGACCUUCCAGAAGUCAGCACUCCAGCCACUGUCACAACAACGGCGCCUCCUGACACCGAAACCACCACUGUUCCCGUCACCACUACAGUGGCCUCCCCUCCUCCUUCCGACUCCGUGUGUGAUUUUGAACAUGGCCUGUGUGGGUGGACGCACGACCCCAACUCCCCACUGCUUUGGUCCACACACAGCCAAGCUCUCAACAGCUACAUCUACAUCGAUGCCAGCGUGAAGACGGAGCAGCAGAGAGCCAAACUCAUCAGCCCCACGGUAGCUGCCGACACCGGACCCUUGUGCCUCAUCUUCUCCUACCAGCUGUGGGGGGAGGCGCAGGGCCACCUGAGGGUACUGCUGAGGGACCCCCACAACGAGGAAUCCGUCCUGUGGACUCUGAAGGACGAUCAAGGCCCUGUCUGGAAGGAGGGUCGCACCAUCCUUCCUCGGUCUCCCAAAGACUUCCAGGUUGUGAUGGAGGGCUUCUUUGAGCGUGGCACCAGAGGACACAUCUGGGUAGACAACAUCCACAUGAGCUCCAGCUCCCCUCUCAAAGAAUGUACACAGCCCAUCACCGCCUUUCCUCCGGAAAACUCAGGGGGAGGUGUUCCCGUGCCUCCCUUGCCCAUCCACUGGUAUUACAUUAUGGCUGCUGGCGGCGCCCUCCUACUCCUGGCAGCGGCCAUCUUGGUCAGAGCUCUCUGUUGCUGCCGACAACACCUUGCCACCAAGAAGAGCCAGCUGUCAGUGGCCUACCACAGCUCCUCGCAGUGCUUCCAGUAUUCGAACUGGUCAACCAGUAUGGCCACCCCCGGGGUGGAGCCGGUCCUUACAGUUAGACUGGACAGCCGGGACCGACAUCGCACCCUCUGCUAAAGCGGUGCGUCUUGUUGGCGGUACGGAUCAGCAGCAUGAGUCCUACAAGACCUUCCUUUGGUUUCCUGGCUGUAAUUUCCCUUCUCUCGGAGACUCUGCUGAAGUUGAGUCGUCCUUGUGAAGCCACCCCAGCACGGACCCACAUAAAGAUGUGUGUGGGCUGGAGAAAACCAGGGUGGGGGCAGUUGGUUCUGUUGCAAGAGGCUGGCAGAAGCUGCCAAACCACAAGCCCCCAGGGACACGUGGAGCUCUGCGGUGCCACAAGCAAAAACUGUUAGGCAGGGGAGGUCUUUCGGCGGUCUUUUGGACUGGGAAACCUCAGAAAUGGUAUCCCCCGCACCACAGACCCUCUCAACGACGCAUGUGCACAUCUCCAAACCGCUGGAAUGCUUGAUUGUACAGCCCCGCACCUCGGGUGGAGAUAAGCCUCUUCUGAUGAUCAGUCAUGGAUCCGCUGUUUCAUCUUGAUUCUUUGGCGUAAUAAAGCGCGCCGUUCCACCCCCGUUCGUGCUUCAUGCCAGCCCCUCCAGUUGUUCCCCUUGUCUUUGAAUUGCCCAGAUAAAAGCAACAUGUUUUCAGUGUGAAUAUGUGCUUGUUGUUUUUAGGCUUGUAAAUAGAAACAGCUGUCUGCCAUCUCGACUUCUCCAUUGAUUUAUUUCUCCUACAAAUCCCACAAUGCAGCUGCCUUUUUUUUUUACUCUCUAAAUAUCUGCUCUCAAUCAAAGGAUUCUAUAAAACCAGAGCAGAGCUGCAAGUGCCAGUGCUAAUAUUUAUCACAUCUGGGAGGUAAAAGCCUGUUUUAUUGUGAAAUGUCUCAAAAAAGUGAGACCGAGGUUGACAAGUUGGCACCACUUCCUCCCUCAUCAGUCACCGCAGAGGAGGUGAGAGCUGACACCAGCUCAGCAGGUUUAAACGAAAUUGAGGUCUUCGCUUGGCGACUUAACCUGGAACUGCUUUCUGGGUCUGUCACAGCUGCAAAAAUCCAUCACAGCUCAGCAGAAAGAAAGUGCCUCAAUUGGUUUACACAAUUACAUAGCAGCACUUUCUCUCUCUCUCGAGUGAAAAAAAUAAUAAAUAAAUGUAUAUGUUUUUGGCACACUCCCACUCUGUGCUUUUAAAUCAACUUGGGGGAGGAAGGGGGAGGGAAAGGGACACUAUACCUGAUCUAUCCCCACACCCAUUAUGCACCAAGCUUCUAAUAGUUGUAAUUAGUUAAUGGAUAGAUAACAUUUAUUAAGGCUGCGGUAAGCACUUUUCUGCCCCCCACCACACACACACACAUCCACCGCACCUCCAUCGCUCAAGCCGCUGCCAACUCCCGUUGCUGUGGAAACAGCAUCAAUAAUGCCAUUGGCCAUCAAAGGCCUCCAGAUCCAGACGAGUGCCUUGCCAAGCAGAUACUCCCACUCCUAAACGCUUGCCAAGACCAGCAAACACACACACACAUACACAAAGUGGAGUGAAAAACUGGUGUACAGUUGAGGUGCUGCUCAGAAUGGACUGCAGCCACCGGUUUUCUUCUGUCGUCCAAUCAUUCUUAAUUUUCAAUGGUGCUGAUUGUACUUACCUUGUGAUGUUUUCUGUUUGUAUUAACACAGAAUGAGCAGUCUUAUACCAUCAGUGUUUGACAGGAAUGUUUGUCUAAUAAUAAAGUUGUAUUUUUCUAUUAAA